AUGGGGUUGCAGAAAGAAGAGUGUACCAUUUUUGUUCUGAUGAUUACUUUUUCAGGUCAAGUUAGUAUGGUGCAGGUGACCAUCCCAAACAGCAUUGUGAACGUGACUAUUGGAUCUGAUGUCACACUUGUCUGCACCUACACCAGCACUGUGGCCUCCCGAGACAAGCUCUCCAUCCAGUGGUCAUUCUUUCACAAGAAGGACUUACCACCAACUUCCCACAGCCCGUGCCUCAAUACUGAGGGUAUGGAGGAAAAGGCAGUCAGUCAGUGUCUAAAUAUGGCGCAUGCAAGAGACGCUCGGGGAAGAUGUAGCUGGACCUCUCAGAUUUACUAUUCCGAAGGUGGACAAGCUGUAGCCAUCGGGCAAUUUAAAGAUCGAAUUGUAGGGUCCAGCAGUCCAGAUAAUGCAUCUAUCACCAUUUCACAUAUGCAACCAGCAGAUAGUGGUGUCUACAUCUGCGAUGUUAACAACCCUCCUGAUUUUGUUGGAAAAAAUCAAGGCAUCCUUAAAGUCAAUGUGUUAGUGAAACCUUCUAAGCCCUUUUGCAGCAUCCAAGGAGUACCAGAAACUGGCCAUCCUAUAUCUCUUUCUUGCCUCUCGCUGCUUGGGACACCUUCCCCUGUAUACUACUGGUAUAAACUUGAAGGUGAAGACAUCAUCCCAGUGAAAGAAAACUUCAACCCAGCCACUGGGACUUUGGUUAUUGGAAAUCUGACCAGUUUUGAACAAGGUUAUUACCAGUGCACAGCUAUCAACAACCUUGGCAAUAGUUCCUGUGAAAUUGAUCUGACUUCUUCUCAUCCAGAAGUUGGAAUCAUCGUUGGGGCGCUGGUGGGGACCCUCAUAGGUGCUGCCAUCAUCGUCUCUGUCAUGUGCUUUGCAAGGAACAAAGCAAAGGCAAAGGGGAAAGAAAGGAAGCGAAAUUCAAAGACUACCACAGAACUCGAACCAAUGACAAAGGUAAACCAAAGUACAGAGUUUGAGGCAAUGCCAGAUGAACACGUGAUCCAGCUAGAAGCUACCUUGCCACCUUCUGGCCAUGAGGAUGACCCCGAUGCCAUCCUAGGGCCAGAUCAUCAUCCUAUCCCGGAGCCAGAGGCUGUCCAGGAGCCUACCCCGCAGCCUGCCCCUGGGCCGCAGCCUGUCCCAGGUCUGGAGCUUGAGAUAAAGCUGGAGCCAGAGCUGAAGCCAGACCCAGAUCCGGAGCCGGAGCUGGAGCCUGAGUCUGAGCCUGAGCCUGGGAUUAUAGUGGAGCCCUUGUGUGAGAAGGAUAGGGAGUGAGUAAGCCAUAGGCUGUAGCCUAAGUACAGUGUUCAUCGCUAAGGAACUUAUUACUGGUAUUUGGAAUUCAGCUGCCCUAACUAGUCUCCCACCCCCUCCCUCUGUUCUGACUAACGCUUUUCUAACAAGGUGCCCCUACCAUCAAUCCCAAACAAAUAGGUCAAGAUAAAUACAAGGGUUCCUGCAUGACUUACACUUUUACUAACAUGUAAGCCUAACCGAUGACAAAGUG